AGUGGGCUGACUCUAAUGUCACGCGGCAGUACUGUGACUGAGUUAGGCAAGUUUAUUUCAGGAAUUGUUCAGAAAGUGGGCGAACUUCGACAAGAGUUCCUAUUUUCCGUCACGAAACAAAUAUUACUGGAAAAAUAAAUGCCGAUAAGAACAAACCAACAUGAAACAUAGCUAGCAAUCGUUAAAUGACAGACGUCUGGUAACGAAAUCAAAGGUAGCUAGCCUUCAUUGUACUGUUUGCUAAAUUGUCAACUAGCUAUUGCUACACCAUUUAUUUUAGCUUAAUUAACUUGUAGGUAGGCAGCGUUAGAUAAUUUUGUCAACUAAGCCAGGUUCUGUGUAUUGUAGGUAGUAGCUAACGUUAGCAUUCUAGCUGUCUAACUAGCGUUAUCCAUGACAUUACAUGGUUUGAGCUAGUUAGUUCUUUUCGGGAGGAUCUGGCUACAUGUAUUUGAUUGAUUAGGUUGAGGAAACGAUAGCUGGCUGUGUGUUGCUGGCGCUACUAGUCGGCUAACUAAAUGACUUUGCCUUCUCACCUAAACGAGCGCAUAGUUGGCUGGCUUUGAGUUUCCCUGUUAGAGGUUCGUCUUAAUCUGCAAAGUGCAUCAUGUCAAGUAGGGAGGUCGGCGAAACCACGCCGCUGUUGGAGAGUGCUGCAGCUGGAAACAGGUUUCAAGGAUCAGUCUUUCAGGGCAGAAGACUGGCAUGUGCGGCAGUCCUUCUGGCCGAGUCCUUUGAGCGAGUGGCAUUUUACGGCAUCAUCUCCAACCUAAUCCUCUUCCUCAAUGGGAGCCCUUUCUACUGGGAGGGUGCGCAGGCCAGCCAAGCCUCUCUACUUUUCAUGGGGGUCACGUAUCUGGUGUCUCCGUUUGGUGGUUGGCUGGCAGAUGCCUACUUGGGGAAGUUCUGCACCAUCGCCUGCAGUUUAUUCCUUUACCUCAUUGGGAUGCUGUUUUUUCCCAUUAUUGCGAAUGAGAGCACCAGGAUUGGACUGUGUGGGGAAGAAAUGGCUUUCCCCGUACUGCCCCCGGAGUGCCUGAGCAACAACAGUACUCCCCCAAGCAAUGUGUCCUGCCCUACCCGCAAACCCUACUGUGGACCGGCAAUCUACAGCGCCCUUGUCCUCGUCGCCUUGGGUGUGGGAACAGUGAAGUCCAACAUCACUCCUUUUGGGGCUGACCAGGUAAAAGACCGGGGUCCGGAGGCGACACGACGGUUCUUCAACUGGUUCUACUGGUGCAUCAACCUGGGCGCCAUCAUGUCUCUCGGGGGCGUGGCCUACAUCCAGCAGAACUUCAGCUUCCUCGUGGGCUACAUCAUCCCGGCCGUGUGCCUGGGCAUCUCGCUCGUGGUCUUCCUGCUGGGCCGCACCGUCUUCGUCACCAAGCCCGCCGACGGCAGCGCCUUCACCGGGGUCUUCCAGAUCCUGGCCUUUCUCUGCUGCUCCUCGCGGAGGCCCAAAGAGCCCGACCUACUCCGGCCCAAGCCAACACUGCUGGACGGUGCCAAAGUGAGCUACGGAGGAAAAUUCCCAGAGGAGAAGGUGGAGGAGCUGAAAUCCCUGGUCAAAAUCAUCCCCGUAUUUCUCGCUCUCAUCCCCUACUGGACUGUGUACUUCCAGAUGCAGACCACCUAUAACCUCCAGAGCCUUCACUUAAAGAUCCCAGAAUUUGCUGGUAACAGCACCAACGCCAGCACCCCAAAUCAGAAUUCCCUGUUCCGCUUUCCGGCGGCCUGGCUCACCAUGUUCGACGCGGUGCUCAUCCUCAUGCUCAUCCCCCUGAAGGACAAGGUGGUGGACCCCAUCCUGAAGCGCAAGGGCCUGCUGCCGUCCUCGCUCCGGAGGAUCGCCGUGGGCAUGUUCUUCGUCAUGUGCUCGGUCGUCGCCGCCGGGAUACUGGAGACCAAGCGACUGGAGAUCGUCAAGGCCUACGGUCCCGUCAACCAGGUCAUAGGCGGGGUCACGUACCACGCGGCCGACCUGCCCAUCUGGUGGCAGAUACCGCAGUACGUGCUGAUCGGGAUCAGCGAGAUCUUCGCCAGCAUCGCAGGUCUGGAGUUUGCGUACUCGGCCGCUCCCAAGUCCAUGCAGAGCGCCAUCAUGGGCCUGUUCUUCUUCUUCUCUGGUAUCGGCUCCUUCGUGGGCUCCGGCCUGCUCGCCCUGGUCUCCCUCGAGGGCAUCGGAUGGAUGUCCUCCCACAAAGACUUCGGCAACAUCAACGACUGCUCCCUGCAUUACUACUUCUUCCUGCUGGCAGGUAUCCAGGGAGUCACCCUGCUGCUCUUCAUCAUCGUUUCGGUGAAAUACGACAAGCAGAGAGCGAGGCCGGGGAGCCAGAGGCAGACCAGCAUCACCUCCUGACCGGGGGGGCCGGACUCCUAGGGCCCUUCCCUGUUAUCGCUCUCAUCUCCUCUCCAGCUUUUUUCGAAACAAAGAUUAAAAAGCCCGCCAAUUUUUGUUUUAUUUUAUUUUAUUUUUUUUUUACAAUUGACCUACAUAGCAAAGCGGAACAUAAAAAAAACAUUUUUUAACUGUUGUUCCUGACUUCAAUUCUAUUGACUUUACAAAUCUUUUAAAAAGUAAAAUAUCUUAAAAUAUUAAGAAUUUCUAAAUCUUAACCGACUUACCUGAGGCUAAGUCUUAUCACUUAUGAUUUGAUAAGCAUAGGUGAUAAGAUUUGACUUGCUGUAAUAAUCUGACCUGUUCUGGGUAGUACUGUAUGUUUGCCCAGGACAGCUUGUGGUGUGAGUUCUGCAUAAUGCAGACUGGUCUUUGCAUUGUAGAUUAAAAAAAUUCAUUUGCACAAGCUGCAACAGAAAGCAGGCGAAGACGGUUGACUUUGGCGUGUUACGGUAAAUUAAACGCGAAGACUAGCGAUGUUUGAAAAUGCGUGUCUGAGUUUCGGAAAAGCUGCACAUCUUGAGUUACUGCUGUGCAAUUAUGACAGAUCAGUACAGAGUCAAAUUUAUUAUCACCAAACAAUAUGAAAUCUCGACUUGUGCAUCUGAAAAGUAAGCCACGCAUUCUCUCGCGUCAGAUGUCAGAUGCAGAACGGGUUUGUUAGUGAUCCUUUUUUUUUUUUUUUUUUUUUUUCCCCCUCGCACAACUUGUCUUUGCCUGGUUUCUGUUUGAUCAGCUGUGCCACCUUCAUGCUACUUGUGGCAUUGGCGUUAAACAGAAACUGGAGUUGCGUUAUGAUGGGGCCUGGUUUUUUUGGGUUGUUUCUUUUUUUUUUUUUUGUUCAUUACCAAAUGCUCCUCCCCCUUUUGUGAAGAUGAAAUAUUAACGAUUUACAUGUUUCUGUCCUCUGGUAAUUCGGAGUAUUUACCUAAUUAUAAUGUGUGAAGUAUUUGAGAUCUGAGUAUUGAUGUGUCGAGUCUUGUAGCAUUUAAUGAGUUUACAUUGGAGAAUUCAUUACCCAUGUUUCUAUUAAUUACCAAAACCGCUGAGUCUCUAUAGGCUUCCGGAAGCAACAGGCCUUAUCACCAUGUACACUUGGAAAAGGAGGAGCAGUACACGUUUACGAACCAGAGCAUGGCCACUUGAGUACUAAAAUAAUGAAAUUUACAACAGCAAAGUGUUGGUGAGCAUUUGUUGUUUUCUACGAUAAUUGCAGUUAUUUAUGUAAUGGUUCUUCAAGUGGGUAAUGUUUUGGCAUUUUAAAAACCAAAUAUGGUUGGCUAUGAAAAGAUAGGUAGCUUCUGUAGCAUAACAUUUAGUAAGUGUGAAUUUAAAAAGAUAAAAUGAACACUGAAAAUUGGUAAAUAUCCGUGAUGUUGAAGGAUAUAAAUUUUUUGUAUUUUUAGUCAUACUAGAUUAUCGGAUACCUCUCCCAAUUGCAUGAACUGUGGUGAUCACACAGACUGGUGACACAUCUCAAAUUUGAUGGAUGCACUUCAGAUAAUUGCAUUGUAAUACAUUUUAAGUAUUUUAAUUAUUAUUAGUAAGGAAUCAGAAAUGGAAAAUGUCAGAUAUGGAAUCUGUAAAGUGGUUGUCUGGCUGUUGUAAAUAAAUAAAAAAUUAGCUCGGAUGCAUUUGCAUUUAAGCACCUUUAAAUGGAGCGAUCACUUUGCAUAUUAAGAGUCUGCAGCAGCGCUCUAUCGUGCUCCCAUUUUAGAAGCAUUUGCUCCUGGAAAUUGAUGUGCGGUAACUGGAAAAAAUUGCUUAGGAGCAUAUCUACUAAUUGGGAUGCAUUAAUGCGUUCCUAAAUCAUUUAACUUGGGAGCACAUGUGCUUCUUGGGAAAACAAUGUUCAAGUAGAGACCUGUGUGGCCACUUGUUUCCCUGAACACAAUGCAUUUCCCAGUCUCUAUAAAAAUGUGGUCUAAUUUAGUGUUCCUUGGUGCAGUCAGAGGAACUUUGAUACCUAGUGGGCAUAUUUGAACAUUUUAUCUAUUGUGUUUUGUUUUUUCAGUUGUGUUCUAAUACUUAUCUAACUGUACUAAGGAAUCUGCCAUAUUGAAAUUCUACAUUUGGGUUGUGGUAAUUGUAAUAUUGUUAUCACUAGUGAGCAGAUUUAAAUGGAAAAUGGCAUGUACAUAAACGGUAGCGUAAUAUAUGUUUUAUUGUACCUUUAGUUUAUAUUCAUUCGCUGCAGUCAUCCGGUUUUGAUGAGUUCUAGCUUUUAAGAUAAGUUGGUUGAAUUUGUAUUAAAUCCUGGAAAGUGCAAUUGAGAACUCUUCAGAUUGACCUAUGGAUGGAUUUCUAAAUGGGUUCUUCUUUUAAAUGUUGUGUAGAUGGCAACCGUAAUAGAGGUAUGACUGUUAACCACUCCUUAAGGUUCCAGCAGCUUACAGCCAUCUGGAUGCUGCUGUAGUCUUGUUAAAUGCAAUUAAAUCUCUAUGUGUUGAGCCAAGCAUGGUUUCCUCUCUAAAUCAGCAUUAUUACGUGGAGGAGAUCCUCUGCCAAUCUGAUUCAGAAGUGUUCGAAUGAUUGUUUGGAAGCCUGCUUCUAGCACCUGCUUUGUCAUGAUGAAGGGCCAUUAAUGACUGUUGUUUUUUGCAGUUAUGUGUCUUUUGAAAUCUAACAACCUUAAUGCAUUUUGUGUAUAAAAUGUGUUUCAAUGGGAGUAUGCAAAAGGACAGUUUACUUAAGAUUUUUUUUUUCUAUUAAAAAAAUUCAACUGUC